AUGGCCGAGGAGCCGAAGAACCUGAGGGCCGAGGAGGCCUUUGAUGUUGGCAGCCGCCAGUAUUUCGUCCAGAACUACGCCGCCGCCGAGGCCUCGUUUGCUCUUGCUGCGCGCCUGCAGCCGAAUGACGUGAAGUACCAUUACUGCCUGGGGGAUGCCCGCAUGAUGCAGAAGAAGCUGGAGACAGCUGAGCUGGCCUUCGCCGUGGCCGCGAAGCUCGGACACCCUGAUGCCGGCAUUCAUCUGAAGGUUGUCUGCAAGGAUCGGGAAAGAAGGAGGGCCGAGGAGGCCUACCAAGCUGGCCGGACGCAGUACUGCUCCAAGAGCUAUGUCCUGGCGGAGGCCUCCUUCGCCGAGGCGGCGCGGCUUCAGCCGACGGACCUCUGGUACCACUAUGCCCUGGGCAGGGCGCGCUACGAGCAGAAGAAGUGGGCGGCCGCCGAGGCUUCUUUCGAUCCGAAGAUGCUGCAGAAGAAGUUGGAGGCGGCGCUGUCGGCGUUCACCGAGGCAGAGCGACUCGGCCACCCACACGCCGGCGUUUUUCUGAAGGAAAUUCAGGAGGAGCUGCAGCGGAAGAAGGCCACAGAGGCUCCUGUAGCCGUGCCCGGCAAGCUUGCGAACGAGAUGAGCGAGGACGCUCCGCAGUCCUUCAUCGCCCAGCUACAGGGCCCGGCCGCCCGGGCGCUGCUCCGGGAGAAGAUCUAG